AUGUUCUUUUCUAGAUACGCCGAGGGCCUGGCUGCCCUGGCGCUGGCCUUUAUACCGCUUGUCUAUGGAGACUAUGCUGACCCCGGGUCAUGCUCUGGCAACUGCUGGGCACACGAUCCCUCCCUGAUCCGUCGUGCCUCUGAUGGUGUCUAUUUCCGCUUCAACACAGGCGGUGGUGGCCAGAUCUAUAAAGCCGACUCGCUCGAGGGUCCGUGGACGUAUGAGGGAGAUGCCAUGCCCAACGGUUCUAUCAUCGACAUGGAGGGCAAUGAUGAUCUCUGGGCUCCUGAUGUCCACCUUGUCGGCGACACAUAUGUCAUGUACUAUGCCAUCUCUACCUUCGGCACCUCCAACUCCGCCAUCGGCUACGCGACCUCAAGCACCAUGGAGUACGGCAGCUGGACGGACCACGGCGCGACGGGCAUCUCCUCGUCGUCCGGCAAGGCCUACAACGCCAUCGACCCGAACCUGAUCUUGACGGCCGAGGGCAGCUACUACAUGAACUUUGGCUCCUUCUGGUCCGACAUCUACCAGGUGGAGAUGAACAGCGGCGCGACGGCAACCUCAGGCGGGGCCAGCUACAACAUUGCCUACAACGGCACUUCCGACCACGCCGAGGAAGGAUCCUUCAUCUACUACCGCAAGGCUAAUGGCUACUACUACCUCUUCUUCUCCGCGGGCGCCUGCUGCGGCUACGACACCGACAUGCCCGCCGCCGGCGAGGAGUACUCCAUCCGCGUCUGUCGGAGCACCAGCGUCAGCGGGCCCUUUAUCGACGCCGAUGGGCUUGACUGCACUGCCAGCGGCGGCACUACCGUCCUUGCCAGUCACGGCACUGUGUUUGGUCCUGGAGGGCAGGGUGUCUACCCGGACCCGGACCUCGGAAGCGUGCUGUACUAUCACUAUGCUGAUACGACGAUUGGUAUCUCGGAUGCGGACUACCAAUUUGGGUGGAAUGUGUUGAGCUGGUCCACGGGUUGGCCUGUGCCGACGUGA